GAUCUCUUUAAUCCUACGCAAAAAAAAACCCAAGUUAAUAUGAAAGUUUUUCUCCAGCUGCUGUGAAUGUGCUGAACACCUGCGCUGGGUGCUGUGAUGUGGUGGGGACUGCGCGCGGCGGGUAUCAUCUGUGCUGCUUGGUGGUCUGGGAGUUCAGGGGGCUGCAGAUGUACUCAUCAGCUGAGGAUAACCAGCAAUCCUCUGCAAAGAGGCAGCUCAAGGUCUGUCAAGAUAGAAUGUCUACUCGAUACCGGAGAAUCCAAAGAUUAUGGGGUCUUCUGGUUCCGUCACAAGAAAGGGGCCACAUCUCCAGAAUCUAUUGUACAUCUCAGCUCCACAGGGAGAGAAACAUACAGAGAUUCCAACCAAGAUUUCAAAGCAGAGAUAUCAGGAUUUCACUUUACUCUGACGACAAACAAAUUCGGUGAGAAGGACCAAGGAACUUACUACUGUAUGAUCAAUAAAAAUUCAGUGCUUUAUAUCAGCCCAGGUCUUCAGCUCAUCUACCCUGAAGUGACAUCACCCAAACCAAAAUUAACAAAACCGCCUCCUGCUAGAACGACAGAUGCAGGAGAUCCUUGUAAUUGUCCCCCAGCAAAUAAAGACCCUGAACCACUGGGUUUAUCAUGCGACCAGUAUGUAUGGGCUCCUCUGGCAGGACUAUGUGGGGUUUUUCUGAUCUGUCUUCUGAUAACUUCCAUAAUGCUCUGCUGCCGAACAAGAAGACGGCGAUGUCGGUGUAAACCUAGGUCCAUGGAGGAGAAUAAUGGUAAUCUGAUUGCGCAAAAAAGACAGAUUUAACGUGUCGCCUUCUCUGUAGACUUUCUGCUUGCCGUUGAUGCCACAAGCACGUCAUAGAAGAUCCUCCUUGUACUCUACAGACUUGUACUGCUGCCUCUACAUCAUGACCUAGGAAUAAACCGCUUAGAGCAUCAAAUAUCUAUUUCUGGAUGCAGCAUCGUGCAUUAGGAUUUCACCGACCUAUGGAAAGAUUUAUUUAUAGAAUUGUUCUUGGGUUCUUUGAAGUCUAGGUGACAUUUUUGAGAUAGAAAGGGACACAACCGGUCUAUUCUUUAGUAGACCGUCAUGGUGCAACCAGCAACCCUGUUGGCUAAAGCUGGUUUUUACAUGAAUGGAAUACGUCCUCCCCGUAUUCCUGUGGGUCUCAUAAAGUAUUGAUAUGUAAAUAGGCUUAAUUUUUUUAAAGAUUAUCUCCAUGUUAUAUCCUCUCUGAGAGAAUUCUGAGUUAAUAAAGGGGAACUCUUCUGUUCAAGUUCUUCAUCUUUCGGUCAAAGUUAAGAAUGGUUCCAACUAGACCCAUCCUAUCCUGCAUAAGGCUGGGUUCACAUUUGUCCGGCGAUACCUAAUGGGAAUGGGUGACAAGGCUGGAUGCCACAAGCUGGAUCUUAUGUAUACCACAUCCCACCCGUUGCUCCAUAGGCUGAAAUGGGACACAACAUUGGACCACCGGCAUCUGAUUGGCUGUAUCAGCGGUACACCCUUUACCGGCUCAGUCUGACCCAAUCUGAAUUAUCUCUGCCCGGGCCAGAACAGCUCCCUGCCCACUCUAUGCCAUCCCUACUUGCUUUAGAACACUCUCAGCCAGACCAUCCACCUUGCCCAUUUCUUUGUCCUGGCCAGCCUUGAUGUGACGUUGGCUUAGCCAAUCAGAUGCCGGGAUGUAGAAAACUUCAGUACACCAGCAACGGCAGGCUGGAUGGUAAAUAUUCCAGAUGAAUGGGAAUGAAGCCUCACACAGACAACUCAUUGAUUUGAAUGGACCUUGUGUAAUGCUUAGUUUCUCCUCUAGUGGCGCUGCAGGGAGACUGAACACUUAAGGCUAGGUUCAGACUACAGAAUCUCCGGGCAGAAAAUUUCUGCCCGUAGAUUCUGAGUGGGGCCGGCGCUGACUGAAUCAGUCGGCGCUAGGACCGCACGGACACUGCAGUCUCUAAUAGACUACAAUGUGUUCCGCGCCGAUUUCCGCCUGAAGAAAGAGCAACCCCUUUCUUCAGGCGGAAAUUUCCAAGAGGAUUUUCCGUUCACAAAUUCCGAAGUGUGAAUUUGCGAACGGAAACCCAUUCACUAUACAGUACAUUUUAGCAAGCGGAAUUUCCGCCUACAAUUUCAAAGCAGAAUUGCAGGCGGAAAUUCCGUAGUCUGAACCUAGCCUUAGAAUGAGGUUUUCUCACAGACUACAGAUAGUCAUUGUGGUCCCUCCUAAUAAUAAGGGAUUAUGCAGUGUCAGCAAACGCCUUUAAAAGGGGUAUUCAGCUCCUAGCAUGCAUGGACAGCUAUUGGCCACAGUUUAAAGGGGUACUCCACUCUCUAGCAUUUGGAAGUGAAUGUUCCGAACGCAGUUUC